AUGAGCCGGAAAUUCAAGUCGCAAGCAAGCAGUGGCCGAGUGGGCACUUUUGGCAAUUCGGGAUUCGGCUCGACACAAUCAUCGACAUUGUCAUAUAUUCAGGAGCCUCUCGAUUAUUCUGGUAUCAGUGAUGCUAACGUUGUGGUUGCCUUGAAGAAUCUCACGAAGAAGGACAGCACGACAAAGACCAAGGCAUUGGAGGAUCUGCAGGCCGGGCUUGUGACGGACAAUGAUAUCAGUGAUGCACUUUUGGAGACUUGGGUCCGUCUAUUUCCUCGUCUGUCGAUAGACAAUGCCCGCAGGGUCCGUCAAUUGGCGCAUUCUUUGAACGGUCAGCUAUGCGCAAAAUGUGGGAAGCGUGUGGCGAAGCAUUUGCCCAAGAUCGCUGGCGCCUGGCUCUCGGGACUAUUUGACAACGAUCGAGCUGCCGCGAAGGCUGCGCAGGAUGCUUUGUCAACGGUGUUCCCAAAUCAGGAGAAGAUUCAAGGUCUUCGGAAAGCUUUCCAGGAGGCCAUUCUGGAAUAUUGCCGAGAUGCUCUUCUCAAUGAGACUGCACAGACACUAAGUGAUGAGCGUGCUGUGAGCGUAGAAGACGCUCAAGCAACACAUGCGCGGGUUGUGUCCACCAGCAUCUCCGUUGUCUCGAGUCUACUGGAACAUCUGCCAUCUGAAGAAGUUGCGAAACAAAGCUAUCUUUACGAAGCAGUGUUCGGCGACAAAGGCUUUUGGGAGAACGCUGCGCAUUCAGACUCCACCGUUCGGAAGGCACUUCAUCGUUUGGUCCGAGUAUGCUUGAACAAACAGCCCGCAUUCGUUAGCGACAACUUGAAGCUGGUCUCGCAUGCGUUCCUUUACAAAGCUCUACCUUCAGAUCAGACUGGAUCGAGUCUGGACUACGCACAGACCUUGCAUGUCCUUACAAGAGAACUUCCUACGGCGUGGACUGAAGCUUACACUGGCAAGAAGCCCGCAAUGUCACGCCUCCGGCAGUGUCUCAAAACCGGAUCAUACUCCGGACCUCCAGGCUUUUGGGACGCUAUGAGCAACGUCUUCCAGAUAUUGCCAGCUGAAGUGCUGCCGAAAUCGUACGAUGAAUCUGCGGAUCUACUGCUUGCAGCACGAGAUGGUGUUACGAGGAAGGAAGAGCGCUUCAACGCAUCCGCCGCAUGGCCAGCAUACUUCACGCUCGUUGACCUCGCGGCUCGGCAGCUGUCAAGCGAAGACUGUGACAAAAUUCUCCAAAAUUUCGCAGUGCCUCCUAUCAGCCAAUACCUGCAACCUUCGGACGAAACUUCUCAGUGGAACGUGACUGGCGCAAAAGCAGCUCAACUAGUAUCCAAGGCUGCCAUGGUCAAGGGUUUUGGGCCGCUCUUAGAGCGCGAAUGGCCGGCGUACGCUGACAAACUCAUCGAAAGCGCCAAAACUUCCCAGCCAGAGCAGUCCAAAGACUUUGACAAAUCGCAAAAGCAUGUUGCCACCACAGGCGAGAGGUGGGCUGACCUCCAAAGAGAAUUGUAUGCCACCGCAUAUGACUUGCCUGAUUCUACGAGAUCUGUCUUUGCCGACGCCAACGCGAAGAUUUUGAGUGAGGCAAUUGCGCUGCUGAAGACUCGCAACGGCAAGCCGUAUGGAGCGGCUGCUAUUAACACAUUGCUCGCAUUCUUGAAGAAUGAUAUGCCAAGUCUGGUAUACAGUCCGGCCCAACGGCAUUUGACCCGCUGCUUGUAUGCAGUCGUUUCAGAGUCUGAGUUUCAAGAAGUCUUCGAUACGACACUGGCGGCCAUACUCAGGGGUGACGACACAGACAACUCGAAGACGAAGGCUUUGCAUGCGUUCUUUCCGAUGAACACUCCUUUGCAAGCGGUCGAGCUUGCGCGAUCGUCUGAAGUACUGCAAAGCUUUCUGACAACACUUGCGAUUGCUCACGCUGAUGCUUCUUCUGCAAACCUAUUCUCGGACCUUAUGAAGCUUGGUGUCGUAGCCUCUGAGACGUCUGAUCGCCUUCUUUCGCAACUGACGGACUCUCUCUCGCUUUCUGGGCCGGAACAGCAGGUGGCCAUCACAACCUUCGACAAAAUCGCCUCCGCCAACCAGCAAGCGCUCAAAGCGUUCAUGUCCAGCCCGAAUGGAGCAGGCGAACAACUGAUGCCAAUUGUGUUGAGACUGGAGCAGUCUGCAGACGACAGCGUGGCCGAAAAGGCAGCUGCGCUCUCGUCAAAACUGACAUCGACGCUUGGCAGCGAAGCAACCGGUGCACGGUUCGACAUGAUCCUCCACAAUCUUGAGAAAGUCUCGUCACAAUCACUGCCGAUGGACACUGUUCUGGAACUGGGCAGUAAGGUGAACGCAGAGAGUGGCAAAAACAAUCACAGCCUGCCAAACAUCGACGUCUUUCGACGGGCAACGAUCGCAGUGAUCAAGUCUCCGAAAGAGUCUCUUGGACUUCACAGUCCGCUCGGCGGGGCUGUGCAUAUUCUGCGGUCGGAACCCUCAAAGCCGUCGCAAGCAGUGGAAUACGAUGGCGAAGGACUCUCGCAGGCCCUCAGGAUGUCCAUGUACCUGGCGUCAACGAUCGGCGCUGACAUCGCCUCUUUCUCUAGCGGGCACGCAUCGGCAUAUGUGGCGCUUCUUAGCGUCUGCGUCUUGCUGGUCGAAGACUGUCUGAGUAUCAAAGGCGCGAAUGCGAUGUGGCUUCCAAGCGAAGCGCAAGCAUUGGAGCAUGAGAUCAUGGAGUUUGUGAGAGAUGCCCAUGCUGUACUUGCAGAAGUCUCCGCAAAGAACGAGGAUGAAUUCUUCGCCGGUCUUUCGACGCUCAAGGCGGACUCCGGAAAGUUUUCGCCCCUCGCAUACUAUGCGUCUCUCGCGGCAGUCAAGGCGCACGAGAACAUCUUUGAAUUACAGGGACACGGCACCGAUCUGAACAAAUCUUGCGAAGACACUCUGCGCACUGUUCGCGCCAGCAAAGAUCCGCUUGCGCUUACAGCGUACAUCGUGGAGUACGCACAGCCGCUCACAGGCGCUCAGUAUCUCACUCGACUGUGCAACGAGCUGGUCGCCGACCUCACCGCUCUUGACAUCGAAGCAAAGGAGAGCGAUGGGCUUGGGUCGCUCGUCAUUCUCAAUGCUAUCUUGAAUUCUCAGGACGAUAUCAGCUCCACUAUCGCGAAGAAUAGAAUGGUCUUCAUGGUCAAGCACAUCAUCGCAUGGCUGGAAUUAGGAACAUCAUUGGCCGUUAAAGCUGAGGUCUUAAAGGUCCUGACCUCAUUGCUGCCGAGCAUGUCUGACAUGUACGGAGAACACUGGGCACAAGUGACAAAGAUUCUGAUAUCUUUGUGGAGUGCAUCGCCAUCGACAGACGACGAUCCGAUUGUUUCGGAGAGCAAGAUCCUUGUCAUCAACGCCUCACUGAGACUUUACAGCGCACUUGAACAGCUUACGAGGGCAGAAGAGCCCAACGACGAUCUUGUAGAGACGACGAAGGAGAACAAGGAUCAGUCUUUGAACGGUCUGGUGAACUUGCUGAAAUCAUCCAGCGAUGUCUCCGAUCUGCAUCAUCAGCCGCUGAUGAUCACCAACGAACUACUCGCACGAACGCUGUCAAAGACGUCCGUCAAGUCCCUGAACGAUGCGGAAGACCUAUUCCCACUCCUCUACGCUCCUUCACACGCCAUUCAGAGCGCCACCUUCACAUUGCUCCAGAAGCAUAUUCCAGCAGCUCAGGAGCAAAUUUCAUUCGAUGCUGCGCUGGAGAACAAAACGGCACAACUACCCGACGAGCUGCUGUCUCUUAUUAUCGAAGCACCGACACUCGACACGCUGGCUGAUGCUUCAUUCGACGUCGCGAUGCCUCUUCAACUGCAAGGCUUCCUCAACAGCUGGCGAGUUCUAUUCGAACAUUUCAAUGGUUCCAGCUAUCGGGUGAAGACAGACUAUGUGGAGCAGCUCAAAGAUGGUGGCUACGUGAGUGGUCUGUUGAGCCUGACGUUUGACUUUCUGGGCCACACUCGCGGACGACCAGUAGACGCAUCCAAGUUUGACGUCAAGCAGUACACCUCGGACUCAGAACCCAAUGUCGAGAGGGAUGUCCAGUGGCUACUUACACAUCUCUACUACCUCGCCCUUACCCAUCUGCCCAGCCUGGUCAAAGCCUAUGUUCUCGACAUCCGCAGCCGUCAGACUCCUCAGAUCAUCGAGACCUGGACCGCGAAGUACAUUAGUCCACUGACCAUCACCUCCAGCUUGCAAGAAGUCGCUGAUUGGGCGGAGAAGAGCGUCAAGGACGAUCCAGACUAUGAGAAUAUGACUGUCAAGGUUGGCAUGCGAAGCCGAGAAGUCAACGUUGCGUACUUGGUGGAUGAACAGCACAUGGCUAUCAAGGUCGUGCUGCCCGAAGCGUACCCUCUGGAUGCGGCGAAGGUGACCAGCGUGAACCGUGUGGCAGUCAAGGAGGAGAAGUGGCAGAGCUGGCUGCGCAAUUGUCAGGGCGUCAUCACAUUCUCAAACGGCAGCAUCACAGACGCUCUCGCCGCCUGGCGCAAGAACGUCAGCGGUACCCUAAAGGGCCAGACGGAAUGUGCCAUCUGCUACUCCAUCAUCAGCGGAGCCAAGGAGCUGCCCACGAAGCGCUGCCAGACCUGCAAGAACUUGUUCCACGCGAGCUGUCUAUUCAAGUGGUUCAAGAGCAGUAACGCGAGUACAUGUCCGCUUUGUCGGAAUGCUUUCAACUUCAACUAG